CAAAGCUGUCACCGGAAUUGCUGAUCAUAAAUCGGACAUUAAAAGAGAAGAAGUAUUAACAGGAACAAAAUAAAGGGUCACCAGCCCAAAAUUAACUGUGUUCGCCCGUUCGAACCGAAGCCCGUUAGAGUUUCCAGAAACUCUUCACUUUCCCCUCCAACCAGCCCACCUACCUUACCUAGACCUAGAACAGAACUGGACCUAGACCAAACAGCCCCGUUUAACACUCGGACCCCAGUCAUCUUGUCCCCCGACAAGCACAAGACGUUUACGGGGUUUGCGCCGAACAUAGACCAGAUAUCGUUUUUUUUUUAUUUACACUCUACCAAACCGAGCCAACCACAUAAACGAAUCUCACCGAAAUAGAGCUGCAGAGAAUAAGCUACUUUUUUUUUCUCUCUCUCUUUCUUUCGCUUCUUUUUGUUCUUCUCGAGAUUUUGCUUCCCGCCCCGACGCUUACCGACGUGUUUCGACCCUUUUAAACGUCCUGGUGCCGCUGCGCGCGCACGGUGCCCAAAGCUCUCUCUCACCUCCACAACCUAACGAAGCUCCUACUUACUCUUCCGCCUCGCGAGGCCUCCUCCCUUUUAACUUCCUUCGCCCAAUUCUUGCAGCCUGAACAAAAAAAAAAAGAGCAACACGCUCGAUCAGGAAGGAGAAUAGGAGAAGAGAGACUAGCAAAUCCAAUUCCAUCCCUCGAGAACCAAAAGAGCCCCGACAAUAAACACAACAAAUACACAACAAGGCUUCCCGCGUAACCCAUCAACACUGCCAAGAUGGGAGGGCAGCUCUCCAAGAUGAUGGGCAAGAUCUUCGGAUCCAAGGAGAUGCGGCUGCUGAUGCUGGGAUUGGACGCGGCCGGCAAGACGACGAUUCUCUACAAGCUCAAGCUGGGUCAAGACGUGACCACCAUCCCGACGGUCGGCUUCAACGUCGAGACGGUGACGUACAAGAACGUCAAGUUCAACGUCUGGGACGUCGGUGGCCAGGACAAGAUUCGUCCGCUGUGGAGGCAUUACUUUAGCGGUACCCAAGGUCUCAUCUUCGUCAUUGACUCGUCGGACCGUAAGCGCAUGGACGAGGCCCGACAGGAGCUCCACCGCAUCAUCAACGAUCGAGAGAUGAAGGACAGCCUGCUGUUGGUGUUUGCGAACAAGCAGGAUCUUGAAAACGCAAUGAAGCCGCAAGAAGUCACCGAGGCGCUCCAGUUAUCCAAGCUUAAGGACAAGAUCUGGUACGUGGUGCCCAGCUGCGCAACCACGGGCGAGGGUUUACUUGAGGGCCUGGCCUGGCUUUCCAACAAUGUAAAGGCGCCGCCUGCGCCGGCCAAGAAGUGAAAAAAAAAAUAUCCCCCAAGUCUUGAGGGCUUUUUUAUUCUACGUUGUUGAGGUGUCUUCUUUUUGGGAUUAUGACCACCUUCUUUUCUUCCCAUCCCAGGAAAAAGAAAGAAAAGACCGGAGUCGCGCACGGGAUAUUUGUUUGUAUCUUUUGUUUAAACGCUCGGGUUCCUGUUUUCUGUUUUGUUUUCCCGUCUUAACGAAAUGUCUUUUAAUACCCCCAUAUCUUUCUUUUAUUCCCCCAUCUACCUCCCUAUUUUUUCCUCCUUUUUUGUUAUCAAGCAAAAUACCACUACAUAUCUCUUAUCUUGGCCAUGAGAAUGAAGAGAACUACUAAAAAAAAACAUUUAAAAACAUGCCGAGCCAAUCUUCUAUUCAGCGCUUUCUAGGUUGGUGUCUUUUUGUCUUGGCUUUGAAGGGGCUUUCUUGGGUGACAGGCGUAUAUCGAUGUCUUUUUUUCUUUUGCAAACACUCUUCGGGGAGACUCGGUUCGCGGCUUCAUUGACCUCAUCUUCCAUAUCGAAUGUUGGUUCAAAAACUGCACCUUUUGUGUACGUAACGCCUACUUUACUCUAAACCUCUGGCGUCUCGGAGCGGUGGCCGGAUUGGUUGCUUUAGGA